UCUUAAGACGUGGUGAUAUUGGAGUAGGCCGGGCUGAGAGAAACUAUGGGGGGAGCGACGUGGUUCGAAGCAGACGGGACAAAGAGAGGAAAAUGGUCGGAAGAGGAAGACCAGAAACUCGUCGCCUAUAUCGACGAAUACGGCAUCGGUGACUGGCGUUUUGUCCCUCACAGAACUGGCUUGCUGAGAUGUGGAAAGAGCUGCAGAUUAAGGCGGCUUAACUAUCUAAGGCCUGAGGUCAAGAAAGGCAAAUUAACUCCUCGCGAAGAACAAGAUAUUGUCAAUUUCCAUUCGGUUUUCGGGAACAGGUGGGCAGUCAUAGCGCAGUAUAUGCCGGGUCGAUCAGACAACAACAUUAAGAACCAUUGGAACUCUUGUCUAAAAAAGAGACUCAAGAGGAACGGAAUCGACCCAAUGACCCACCAGCCAAUCAUCAACCUCGCCGUCAAAACACCAUCGUUCAACACAGAUUGCGGCAGCUCUUCCUCCUUGACGGCUAGUCCAUCUUCUUCUUCCUCCUCAUUAUCCGGCUCGGCCCGUCUCCUUAAUAAGAUCGCCACUAGUAUCUCAUCUAGACAACAAGGCGUCGAAAGGAUAAAGGACAUAAUGUCGGAUCCGAGAAUUACAUGCAUAAAUGGUCAAGCAAAAGAACUUGAAGAGUCGAAGAAGGAUCAUGGGAAGAUUUUAGCUAGUAGUGAUGAUCAAGAAGAUGACUUUCUGAUGUGGGACGAGGAGAAAGUGAGGCGUUUCAUGGAGGAGAUUGGUGUAAUGGAUUUAGAGACGAAUGGAGUCUAUUAACUCUAGUUCAUCACCACCGUAGGGUGUUUAUGAG